GAAAUGUUGCGGAUGAGACUCGGUGUCACUCUCUUGCUCCUCCUGUUAGCUGCAAGGUGUGUUGCACAGGAGGCGACCCAACAGAAGGGAUGUGUCUGUGGAUAUCCGGGAAUACCGGGAGACCCUGGACACAAUGGCAUGCCUGGAAGAGAUGGCCGAGAUGGACUAAGAGGUGACAAAGGGGACCCAGGUGAAAUUGGAGCUACUGGUCCAGCAGGCAAGGAUGGUGUCAAAGGAGACAAAGGGGAAGUUGGUGCAGUUGGUCUAUUAGGGACUAAAGGGAAGAGAGGUGAGAAUGGAGAAAGGGGACCACCUGGCAAGCUGGGGCCCCAAGGAGUCCAAGGGCCCAUCGGCCUAAAGGGAAACAAGGGAGAGCUUGGGUUUCCAGGACCCAAAGGACCCAAAGGGGAAGUAGGACCUCGUGGACCUGAGGGGCCAAAAGGAGAAAUUGGCCUUCGAGGAGACAGAGGCAUUCAGGGACCCCUAGGCCCCCCCGGCAGGCCAGGCCCCAAAGGGGACAUCGGUGUUCCAGGUUACAAAGGCAAUAUUGGCUACCGUGGAGAGAAAGGGGCUCGAGGAGAGCCAGGGGAAAAGGGGGAGAACGGGGAUACCGUCAUCAUUCCUAAAAGCGCCUUUUCAGUGGGUCUCACAGAGCUUACUAAACUCCCAGGGGCUAACGCCCCUAUUCGGUUUGACAAGAUCAUCUACAACAAACAGAAUCACUAUGAUCCACAAACAGGUAGGUUUACAUGCUCCAUAGCAGGGGCUUACUACUUCACCUACCAUAUCACCGUGUUCUCCAGAAACGUGAAGGUGGCUCUAAUGAAGAAUGGGGAGAGGAUCAUCCACACCAUGGAUAACUACCAGAGCAGCGAGGACCAGGCUGCGGGGGGCACCGUGCUACACCUGGAGGUGGGCGACAAGGUGUGGCUGCAAGUAGCCGGAGGGGCCCUCUUCAACGGGCUCUUUGCCGACGAGGACGAUGACACGACCUUCUCUGGCUUCUUAAUCUUUGGGACUUGAUUAAGGCACAAUAGCACUAAACACCGAGGAAUCGUCAGACCUCUAGAAAAGGUUGCACUGGGGAAAGGUUAGCCGCCCAUUCCGUGCUUUACGUUGGAGGCCCUAAAAUGUAAUUCUGUUUAAUUUGGGCUUCGUGGUAACUAACUGCAUUAAUCUGUGA